AUGACACCAGUACACUUCAGCUUUACCUCAGCCUUUGUUCUAGGACUGAUAGGACUCGCAUUCCACCGCACCCACCUUCUCUCAGCCCUUCUUUGCCUAGAAGGAAUAAUACUCUCUCUAUUUAUUGCCCUAUCCCUCUGGGCACUUCAAAUAGAAGCAACCGGUUAUUCGGUAGCCCCUAUGCUGUUGCUAGCCUUCUCAGCCUGUGAAGCCAGCGCAGGCCUGGCCCUACUAGUAGCAACUGCACGGACACACGGUACGGACCGCCUCCAAAGCCUCAACCUUCUCCAAUGUUAA